AUGGCAAUGAACAUGGCACCACAUUUUGAGAUCAUACCGGGAGGUAGCAUCGGAACUAAAAUGCCGCCUGCCCCGAUCUUCGUACCCCAACUGCGACCUCCGACGCUUUUGCCGUGUGCCGGCCCUUUACCUUUGCCUUUAGAGGGGCCCCCGGGGCCGCCACUGGACCCACCUCCUGUGGGCCUACUUGCCGCAGUCGAUGCAGCUAUGGCCCGUGCAGCAGAGGUUCCACCUGGUCCACCUGAGCCCCGUGAGAAAGUGGAGUGGGAAGCGCACAAGUCGCCGCAGGGUUUGCCUUACUUCUUUUGUAGGAAGACGGGUGAGUCCAGAUGGACGAAACCCACCGGGGCCGGUGAUGUUAUCGUGGAAGCCAAUGCCAAAUCUAAACAGGAACCCCCAAAAGAAGCGCCGAAACCUACAGCGUCCACUUCCAUGAAGGAUAGAAUUGGUGAACCUGAAUCUUGGGAAACCAUUGGCAAAACUGGCUGGGCCAGAGUGGAAACUGACAAGGGCUUCACUUACUUCUACCACAAGAAACAGAAGAAAACAUCCUGGACCUGCCCACCAGAAAUCGAAAAGGAUGUUGCAGAGCUUGAUGGCUGCCUUGGGGCCGUUGAUGAAGGAAAUGAUGCAAAGGAGGAUGGCGACAAGGACGAUGAAACGGCAGAGUGUCCGGCUGCUGAUGCGCCCAAAGAUGACGCACUCUCGGAGGAAGCUCUCCAAGCAAAGCUGAGCCAAGCCAGCACACGAGCUGAGAGACGAGCCCAGCAGGUGGAAGAAGCGCAGAAGAUUGCCAAAGACAAAGAAAAGUUGAGAAAUUUCAAACAGUUGCUCUUGGAAAAGGGAGUGAAAGCCUUUGAUAAAUAUGACAAAUGGCUUCCAAAGCUUGUGCAUGACCCACGCUUCACAGCGAUCACAGUCCAGAAAGAAAGGAAGCUCCUUUUUGAGAUGCUGGCCAAGCGCAUCGACAGCGAGAAACGCAAGACGCAAGCAGUAUCCAAGCUGAAAGGACGAGAAGCCUUUAAAGAACUUAUAGUGAAGGCAGAUGAAAUGGACUUGCUCCACGGAAGGACGGCCGAGAGAGCUUUCUCGGCUAUGGAACGUCGCUUUGGGGAUGAUGAGCGCUGGGAUGCUGUGCCGGAUCAUGACAAGGAACGCAUGGUUGGGGAAGCUGUCCAAGAGGCCACCAACCGGGUUGAAAAGCAGAGAGAUGAGGCACGUACUGCCUUCCGGGCACUGGUCAUCCGAACGCUGAAUGCAAAAGGAAGAGACCGAAAGGAGGACAAUCCACUCUCAUUUUCAAAAAUGCGUCGUCAUUUUGAAGAUGACCCAUGUUGGCCAAACCUUCCAUCAACAGAGCGUGAGGACAUCUACAAUAGAAUUGUUCGAGAACUGGAUGAAGCAAAGAGGAAGCAAAAGGCAAAGCAACGGCAGAUCCAAAUUGAAGUCGAGGAAGCGCGAAAGAAGAGGAAACUGACUGAAAUUGAGGAGAGAGUCUGCAGUAUGCUGGCUGAGCGCGUGAAGAAUCCCUUCAGCUUGACGUGGGAGGAGGCGAAGGAGGAAUUGGGUGACCUGAAGCUGCAUGAGACCUUCAACCUGAAGGACGAGGAGUUGGAGCCGAUCUAUUUGGAUUAUCAGAGAAGAGCAAUUGAUGCACGUCGAGAGGCGUGGGUAUGUAUCCUGGAGAAUGCUGGAUUUGAAGCCAUUGGCCCUGAGUUGGAGUUUGAGGAGGUUGUGGCGAGAGCGUUCGACGCGCGAACCGACGCGGCAACUGCGAGAGCCUUUCACGGAAUGCCAGAGGAUGUGCUCAAAGCAGCGUGGGUUGAAUGGCGUGCAAGGGCAUAUGACCUUGCUGUUGAAGAUUGCCAGAAGUGGCUGAGAACAUGUGAGCACCUGCGUGGUUGUGAAGAUGUAGAGCCAACUGGCGGGGACAGCUUCGACAGACUCUUGCGCAGGCUUGCAGCCAAAGAUGUCCGCUUCAGGCGCUUGAAUGGAAAGCCAGAGCAGCAAACAAGGCUGCUGGCAGGGCGCCUUCGCGAGUUGCGGACGCUGCGAGAGAAGGGUCAGACUGCGGAGGAUGAAGAGAUGGAUGAGCAGAACCAGUUGGAAGUUGACAACAAGCUACUACGCAAGAUGUCAGUUCAGUUUGGCAAUGGAGAUGUUUACACUGGCAACUGCAAGCAGUUUCCGGAAGGUGAGAAGCGGCAUGGUCUUGGCACUUACGUCUAUUCCAGCGGAAACCAUGAGGUGUACAAACAGUAUCAUGGCCAAUGGCAAGAGGACAAAAAACAUGGGUAUGGUGUGCUUUUCUAUCGGAAUGGCGGUGUUUACGUUGGGCAAUGGAUGAACAAUCAGAAGCACGGCUUGGGAGUUCUCCUUGACAAUACCAAUUCGCAGGAGCCUGCGGGCAUGCCGGAUUACCGCUAUGAAGGGCUUUGGAAGGAGGAUCUACAGCACGGCCUUGGUGUGGAGGAAACCCCUGAGUACGUGUCGUACUUCGGGAACUUUGUCAAUGGCAAGAAGUCGGGCCGUGGAGUUCAAAUGCACUUGACCAAGGGUGCAGCUGGCAUUGAAGUGCUGGACGCGAAUAGCCGUCCGAAGCCAUUGAAUGAAGCGCUGGAGCAAGAGCUUGAUGAGCUUUACAAGAUUGAAGACUUGCAGCGGAAGUCUUCACCAGCUAUGGCCAACCAGGACACUUUGCGGACUGUCCUGGCUGGAAGUCCGACCAGUGCGACUUUCCACUUCGGGCAAACUGUGGAUGCUGGUGCUCGAACAUCAUUGGCUGAGAUCGCCUUUGAGGCUCCAGCUCCUGGAACUGUUUCCCCGGGUGAGAAUGAAAGCGGCAGUACAUCUACUGCAAGUGCCAAACGAAGCACUCCGCUGCCGAUACCCAUCCCUCGCAAUGGGUCCAAUGGUGAUUUUGGAACGCCUGCAACACCAGCUCUUCAAGCUGGAGCAGCCAGCUUUUGCGGAGGUACCUUUAUGGGUCAGCGCAUCUCCAGUCCUGGAACUUCAAUGGGCCAGCCCACACCAUUGCAGUAUGGCGUGGGGACAGGGCCCGCACCUUCUGAUCGAAGGAGCUCCAGUGAGAGCACAGGACAUCGCCUGUCACCUGGGGAGGCCACUGGCGAAGGUGGCAGCUUUGUCUUCCAAAUGCAUGAAGAGAACGACUUCAUCUCCCCACAGGUGUCUCGUUUGGAACGUCCUGGUCGCGGAGGUCCCCUGGAUUCAGGGGAUAUGGAUGGGCUCGUUCAACGCCUACACUUGAGUCGUGGUGCCGCUGGAGGAGGUAGCAGUGGAGCUGCACGAUUUCCAUCCCAGGAACACCACGCAGAUCUUGCCAAAAAGGCGGCUAAAAGGCUUCCUAUCCGAAAAACUCCAAUGCUCUGGACAGAGGAUGAGCUGGCCGCGUUUAUUGCAUGCCUUGGGCUAAGUCCCGAUGUAAGUCACCGUGUGUUAUGCCAGCAGUUCAAGGGCGCAACGCAGUUCCUGAGCAUGACUAAUGGUCAGCUCCGCAAAGCCCUAGGUCUGGUGACGCCAGUGGAGCGUCUUGUAGUACGGAAUGCUCUUAAACGUAUGCUCGAUGGAAAUCGCUUCGAGAACAACGUGUGCAACCACAGAAGCAUGGACAUUCUUAGUGACUCGGUUCUGAGCCACUACAUCAUACCGAAAGAAGAGCUCACCAUGGUGUCCAAGAUUUCGCAAGGUGGCUAUGGGACUGUUUACAGAGGUGUCUUAGAGCCGAAAGUUGAUCGAGCUGGAGGCGCGUUCCAGGCUCGAAGAACACACCUGGUGGCAGUCAAGGACAUGAAAGGUGAACGAAAAGUUCAACUCUACGAGCUCCUCAAAGAAGCAUGUGUCAUGGCAUCUUUGAGCCACCCGAAUAUCUGUACCUUUGUGGGUGUUUGCACUGACACUGUUCAGCGGAAACAUUUCAUCAUUUCGGAGCUCAUGGAUUGCUCCCUUUUUGAUAUGAUCCAUCAGCCUUACAAGCUCCGAUGGCAUGGCGAGCUCACCGUUUCCUUGUCUCUGAGUUUGGGGACUGGCAUUAUCUCAGGAAUUACCUACAUUCACCAGAGGAAUCUGGUUCAUGCUGACUUGAAAUCGUCCAACAUUUUAAUUGACUACACUACGUCUUCAAGGCACCCCAUUCCGCGCAUUUGUGACUUCGGUCAUGCAGCUGUUCGGUGCCAUCCGUCCCCACAUCAUCGCUGCGGCACGCCCCACUGGGCAGCUCCGGAGGUGCUACGAAUGGAAGCCCUUGGACCUGCCGCAGACAUCUACUCUUUUGGGGUGAUAAUGUGGGAGAUGCUCACGCAAAAGCUUCCCCACAAAGAUAUGAGUUUCGGACAAGUUUUAGCAUCUGUAGGCUGGGCUGGAUGGACUCCCGAUAUGAGCCAGCUGCCAGAGCUGCCUCGAGAAGUGUCACGAAUCAUCAAGGAAUGUCUUCGAUUUGCUCCAUCAGAACGACCUUUGGGGAAGGAUGUCGUGAACCGGCUGAAGCGCUUCCCCAAACAGGUGAGAAUUAAGACUCUGAGACUGCUGGCGUCCUUUCUCGGGCACGAGCUGUAG